AUGCCUCCUCAAAAGGAUCCAGAUAAGUUCUUCAUGUCUAUGUCUAUCAGUAAUGGAGAGAAUAAGCAAUUUGAUUAUUUACGCGCUUUAUAUGAGGGUUGCAUUGCUGGAGGUCUUGCUGGUGUUGCUGUAGAAGCAGCUUUAUACCCCAUUGAUACCAUCAAAACACGGCUACAGGUUGCUCGUGGUGGACUAAAAAUUGAUUUCAAAGGUUUGUAUUCUGGAUUGGCUGUAAACCUUGCUGGUUCCUUACCAGCUUCUGCAAUUUUUAUUGGUGUGUAUGAACCAGCAAAGCAGAAAUUGCUGGAGAUCUUCCCUGAGAAUCUAAACGCUCUGGCUCAUAUUGCUGCAGGUACUAUUGGAGGAGCCGCUUCUUCUCUUGUUCGUGUUCCAACUGAGGUUAUUAAGCAAAGGAUACAAACCGGUCAGUUCAAAUCAACCUCAUCCGCUCUCCGUCUUAUCAUUGCUAAUGAGGGUUUUAAAGGUCUUUAUGCGGGAUAUAGAUCUUUCUUAUUGCGAGAUUUACCAUUUGAUGCUUUAGAAUUAUGCAUCUACGAACAGCUCCGCAUCGGGUAUAAAGUAGCGGCAAAAAGAGAUCUGAAUGAUCCAGAGAAUGCUAUGAUUGGUGCUUUUGCUGCUGCAAUAACUGGAGCAGUUACAACUCCACUUGAUGUAAUAAAAACCAGAUUGAUGGUUCAGGGAACCCAAAAACAUUACAAAGGCAUAUGUGAUUGUGUAAGGACAAUAGUUAAAGAAGAAGGAGCUAAUGCUCUUUUUAAGGGUAUUGGGCCAAGAGUGUUGUGGAUAGGAAUAGGUGGUUCAAUAUUUUUUGGUGUUCUUGAGAAGACAAAGAAAAUUCUUGCUCAGAGGAACCCUCAAACUGAUGCUGAGAAGUGA